UGGUAGACACCACGCAAAAGUAUCAUUACGGGACAAAUACGAGUAUCAUUACGAGAUCGUUCGCGGUGUCGUGAUCGAGUGUGACCGAAGAAUCUUGUGCAAUCUAAUGUGCCUUGACCUUCCGAAAUUUUCCUUCUUUACGCAUUUAAAUCUCGAGUCGAUCAUCUUAUGAUCAUUCUCCGAUCAUAACCGUUUCAUGUACGCUUUUUGAUUUCUUGCUGCUUCAGCAAGAGGUAGUUGGAGUCCCGCAAGACCGACCAUGGCAGAUUCGUUGCAUAAGGAUGGAUAUGAGAAUCCAGCUAAUUUGACGAUGCGUGCUAGCAGUGGUAACAUAGAAUCAGACAAUGACAUGAAACUGGAGCCGUCUAGUCCCACAGAGAAAUAUACCUUCUCCCGUUGUAGUAGCACAGGGUCAGUUCACACACCGUCUUCUUCCGCACAUAAUACAGAAGAUGAAGAUAGCGAUAACAAAAUAAGCUAUAAGGAGCGCAGGAGAGAAGCUCACACGCAGGCCGAGCAGAAGAGACGGGAUGCUAUCAAGAAGGGUUAUGAUUCUCUUCAGGAUUUAGUUCCAACUUGUCAGCAUACGGACUCCUCAGGCUAUAAGAUUUCCAAGGCUACAGUACUUCAAAAAUCCAUCGAUUACAUACAGUUUCUAUUGCAACAGAAGAAGAAACAAGAGGACGAACGUAAUGCACUAAGAAAAGAAGUCGUCGCGUUGCGCAUUAUGCAAGCAAAUUACGAACAGAUUGUCAAAGCACAUCAGACGCAACCAGGACAAGCAGAAUUGCGUAUCUCGGACGAGAUGAAGUUUCAAGUGUUCAAGGCAAUAAUGAAUCGCCUUUUCGAAACGUUCAAUAUCUCUGUAGCUAAUUUUACGGAAUUAUCUGGCUGCGUGUUUAGUUGGCUGGAGGAACAAUGUAAACCUCAGACUCUACGCCAAGUAGUACUCUCGGUACUACAACAACUCACAGUCGCUGACAAUCAAAUCAGCUAAUCAAGUGCAUUUUCGAGAAAGGUAUCCGCGCGUCUGCACAAUAGCAGCUUUUACAUGAACAAUCUUACCUGUCGAUUUUGUUGAAAAACUUUCAAAAUUGUAGUUAAGUAAGUAUGUACGUGUAAAUAAGUACACUUCUAAAAAGGUAAGAAACAGUCUUUAAAAGCUCGAAUAAUAAGAACAUGGGCGGAUUGGUUCAUCAGAUAACCAAGCAAAUUUUUCCACAUAUUACUUGUAGCUCUCAAGGAAAGGGGCUCUGCA